CUGCGGCUGUGCGACAUGACCCAGCUGCUGCGUGCCGCAGCCGGGCGAGGGAAGUGGACCAGAUCCAGCGCGGCCAAGAGGGCUGCGUGCCUGGUGGCUGCGGCAUAUGGGCUGAAAAUCCUCUAUCCCAUCCUCCGCAAGCGCCUGCAGCAGACAGCCUGCGAAAAGGGCUUGCAGGCUGCCUGCCGGGCUGGAGGGGACGAGGAGCCGCUGCAUUGCAGCCGGAUCCGGGGCAGAGCCUCCCCGGCAGUGAAUGCGGAAUUUUUCAAGCAGCUGCUGGAACUUCGUAAGAUCCUCUUCCCGAAGCUGGUGAGCGCCGAAUCGGGCUGGCUUUGCCUCCACUCGGUGGCUCUGGUCUCCCGGACCUUCCUCUCCAUCUACGUGGCCGGGCUGGAUGGGAAGAUCGUCAAGAGCAUCGUGGAGAAGAAGCCCAGGAGCUUUGCCAUCCAAUUAAUCAAGUGGCUCAUGAUUGCAAUCCCUGCCACUUUUGUGAACAGCGCCAUACGGUACCUGGAGUGCAAGCUGGCCCUAGCCUUCCGUACCCGCCUGGUGGAUCAUGCCUAUGAGACCUACUUUGCCAAUCAAACUUACUACAAGGUGAUCAAUAUGGAUGGGAGGCUGGCGAACCCCGACCAAUCCCUGACCGAGGACAUCAUGAUGUUCUCCCAGUCGGUGGCACACCUGUACUCCAACUUGACCAAGCCCAUCCUGGAUGUGGUGCUGACAUCCUAUAGUCUUAUCCAGACUGCCAGGUCCAGGGGAGCAAGCCCCAUCGGACCUACGCUGCUGGCAGGCCUGGUGGUGUAUGCCACGGCGAGAGUACUGAAAGCGUGCUCGCCCAAAUUCGGCAAGCUGGUCGCAGAGGAAGCUCAUAGAAAGGGUUAUCUGCGAUACGUCCAUUCGCGGAUUAUAGCCAAUGUGGAAGAGAUCGCCUUCUACAGAGGACACAAGGUGGAAAUGAAACAACUACAGGAAAGUUACAAGGCUUUGGCAGACCAAAUGAACCUCAUAUUGUCCAAACGUUUAUGGUACAUCAUGAUAGAGCAGUUCCUGAUGAAGUAUGUCUGGAGUAGCUGUGGUUUGAUUAUGGUGGCUGUACCUAUCAUCACAGCAACAGGAUUUGCAGAUGGCGAGUUAGAAGAUGGCCAUAAACAAGCAAUGGUUAGUGAGCGAACAGAAGCCUUUACUACUUCACGAAAUCUGUUGGCCUCUGGAGCAGAUGCCAUUGAAAGGAUUAUGUCUUCUUACAAAGAGGUCACCGAGUUAGCAGGCUAUACAGCUCGAGUGUACAACAUGUUUUCAGUCUUUGAUGAAGUGAAGAGGGGCAUUUACAAAAGAACUGCUGUUGUUCAAGAGAUUGAAACCAACAGCAAGAAUGAAGAUAAAACAGAAUUACACAUUGAUGGCCCCUUGGAAAUCAAGGGAAAAGUUAUUGAUGUUGAUCAUGGAAUUGUUUGUGAAAAUGUUCCUAUUAUUACCCCAAAUGGAGAUGUGGUGGUUUCCAGACUAAACUUCAAAGUACAGGAAGGAAUGCAUCUUUUAAUCACUGGCCCCAAUGGUUGUGGAAAGAGUUCUCUUUUCAGAAUUUUAAGUGGUCUGUGGCCAGUCUAUGAUGGUGUUCUCUACAAACCGCCUCCCCAGCACAUGUUCUAUAUCCCACAAAGAAAAUACCAGUGA